AUGCACGCCGCGCUCUACGUCCUUGCGCUGGUGGUGGCGGCGCCGCACGCCGCUGCGUUCCUGCCGCGCGCCGACGACGGGCCAGUGCACCUCACCCUCCACAACACUGAGCCGCGGCAGCGCGGCAUCGAGGCGGACAACAGUGCCGUCCUGCGCCGCUUCGGGCUCCACAGACGACAAGGUGACAGCUUGGACGCGAGCCUCACGAACCACUUCCAGCAGCGGUACAGCGUCAAAGUCGCCAUCGGCCCGGGCCUGUGGGUGUACGACAGCGGGUGCACACCCGAGGUAUGCGCCAGCCACUCGGGCGGCUUUGACGCUUCUACCUCGUCGAGCUACACGCUCAACAACCGCACCGGCCUACGGCCCGGCGUUCAGUUCAUCAACUCGUACUGUCACGGCCUGUGGGGGUGGGACACUGUCGGUAUAGGAAGCUCGAAGGUCCCGCAGGCGUCCCCGCAGUCGGCUGAGGCGUACCCCUUCUGUAUGUGCCCCCCCGGCAUAUACGAGCCGCCGGGCGUCAUCGGCUUCUCGUGGCCGAUCCCAAACUAUCCCGACCCGCUGUGGACCUUCCUCGUCAAGGACUGGAAGGACAAGCGCUUCGGCGUGUACCUUGCGCACCAGAACGAGACUGACCUGGUCCCCGCGGACCCGAACGGCGGGGUGCUGACGCUUGGCGGUGUGAACAACGCCUUGUUCACCGGAGAGAUCAACUACGUGCCGAAUGUGGCCUUUCUAGGCCCCAACCACACGUUCUGGGCGGUCAUGGUCGACUCGGCGACGGUCGGCAGCUCGACCUCGGCGCAGUCAACACUCGCCAUCGUCGACACGGGCUCGCCGCUGUCUGGCGUCCCGCCGGCGGUCUACCGCGCAGUGUACGCCGGCGUGACCGGCAUGGUGCUCUUCAGUCAACAGGCGGGGAUUAACAUCUUCCCGUGCGAGUCGGCAGGCUCGGUCUCGCCCUUGGACAUCACGCUCGGCGGCGUCAAGUACACCAUCCCCGCGAAGGACCUGUACCGCACCUAUGGGACCAGCACCUCGAGCAGACUGCCGCCGGGCUUCACCCCCGGCCCGAGCGGCCAGAUCUGCGGCACGCAGCUGCAGCUGCUUGACCCGUUAAAGCACGGCUAUGACUGGAUGUUCGGAGACGUCAUCCUUCGAAAUCUCUAUCAGGUGUACCAGUACGACCCGCUCGCCAUCGGCUUCGCGCGCGUCGCCGAUGGCGCACAAGCGGCAGUGGCAGCUGGAGCAACAGGGAGCUCGACCCCAACGACAUCGGCUGGUGUCGGGGUUGGCGGUGCGGCAGGAACAGGGUUCGGGGUAGAUACGACCCAGGCGGCAUCGAACACCGCAGCACCGACGGCGACGCGGUUGCCGUCCAGCGCUCGUCCCCUACUUACUGGCGCUAGCGCUGUGCUAUUCGGCGUCGCGGCGUCCCUGCUCGCAUGA